AUGCCAUCAAAUAAAUCCUUUCCCGCCAUUCUUCACAUUCGCGAUUUCAUCGAGAAUGUUGAACCAGAUCCAACGCGACCGGGUAAAGGGCUUUCCAUGCAACUACGUGUUUCACUCAAUAUACCAAGCAAGGAUAUUCAGUCAGACGAUGUUGAACAGAAUGAAAUCCCCACCCUCAUCAGGUUCUUCAAUGAGGGCAACCGGCCAGAUCUUUAUCAACCAAAUGCUUUCGUCUAUUCGUCGGGCUCUUUUCUAACGACUUCGUCUGAUGAUGAAGGGUUUCAUAUUGUACUUCACGCUCACAAUUUGGAUCGGCACCCCGGUAAUCAGGAAGAUACAGCCUCAUACUUCAUGCACUGUCCCGGGGCUGCCCAGCCAAUAGUUACUUUCCUCGGCGUCGUUCUUGAGCGCGGUGGUCAACUAAACGAUGGGCCAACUCUACUGCACUACCGUCUUCAGACUACCGUUUACAACACGUCCACUCGUACCCAUCACACUUUUCCUAUCACCGCCUACUUCAAGAACGGGCAACGUUGGGCGAACUUUCCGCCGUUGAAUGUAAACGCCCAUGUUUUUUUGACGGGUCGCAUCUUCGGUCUCACAAAAGAGAGUCGCCAAUUGGCUAUCGUCACGGAUGAUAUACAUUUUCUCCCAGCAGCAAACCAUCAUCUGCCCCCAACUCCUUCCUCAACAACCGGUAAACGGAAGCGAGUCGAUCGUUGGUCCCAGAGGGCUGGCCCCACCACCCCUUCUAAAUCAAUACAAACCCCCAAAAUGAGCCCUCUCUCAGCGACCUGCAAUUACCGCUCCGCACGAAUUUUCGAACUGUUCGAAGUUCGCGAAUUUCGGCGAAUCGAAUCGAAUUCGAACCUUGGUUUCGGUGCUUCGAAUCUAUGGCCGAUUCGAUUCGUCAAAAUUCGCGAACUUCGAACAGGUUCGCGAACUAACAUCUAG